UCCAAACGCAAACUGCAUUUUAACUAACUGACUCCUGGUUAAAGAUUUACUGCUCUGAUUUUGUCUGUGGCAGCAGAGGCGAAGUCUAUUGCGUCAAACAGGUGGAUCAGGUCGGUAGAACUUAAAUACGGAAGGGAAUUAAAACAAAACAGGAAAGAUACUGCAGUACUAUGGGACAAGGAAGCACCCACGAGGACUUUGAGAGUCAGUUCAAUGAUGUAAUUUCCAGACUGGAGUCCAAACAGUUCUUUCAGUCUGAAUGGGACAUUGGGUUUGGUGUCGUCUUCUUAGUCUUCAUAGGUUUGAUUGUCCUGCUGGUCCUUCUGGUACUCAUCCGCUGUUGUUGCUGCUGCUGCUGUGAUGAGAAGCCUAAACAUCAGAGAGUUGGCAUCGAGAACAUGUGUUUGGAACCAUGAUCGCUGAAAGCACAAUGCAACUGGAGAGUUUGCAUUAAUAUCUUUGGUUAGCAUUUAAAAAUCUGAUUUUGUUUCAGCACCCAAUGAAUUGUUCACUUCUUCUUUUGUACCUGCUGUGAUUUUGUCCCACUAAUAUAAAUGAGCUUUGAUUGCACUAUGUUUGAAUGCUUUGUGAUGAAUUUCCAUUUUCUUUAUUUUUUUUAUAUUUAAUAAAAUGCAAAACUUAAACAGCUCUUUCAUAUUUGUACUUCAUAAAAUGUCAGUGUAUCAUGUGUACAGUAACAUAGUGGAGCACGUUUAAUUUUAUAUUCACCAUUCUCCAAACCUUCAUUUGUUGCCUUCAUAUGUAUUCAAAUUUUUGGUGUUUAUGUCAUAAUCUAUGGCAGCAAAUUUCUUGCCAUGGUAGAAUCUGCUUGUUUUAGAAGCUAGAUAUGCUAUAUAUAUCAUUCAAAAGCUAAUGCUAAAGCUUGAUCAUAACAACAUUCAUUUAGUUAGGGAAUGAGGCAUUGGAAAUUUGAUGAUCGUACAUGUACUCUUUAUUGCACAGAUAAAUAAAUUCUAUAUUCAAAU